AGUUUGAAUAUUACACACAUGCAACCGAGAGAAGCACACGUGAGAAUAUCACACAGCACAAGUGUACAGAGCACUAGUGACUGUUACCAAACACUGGAUAUGUCCCAGCAAACAUCAGAAGAUGAGAAUGAACUAAAGAAUCUGGAACCACAUGCAGUACACACACAGAAUAAAAAAGAUUUGAAAAACAAAGGAGAAGAUUUAAACUUGUCUCAACAAAGGAUCCCUAUAGAGGAAAACCCUUCUCAGAUUGCGGAGUGUUCAAAAACAUUCAAACAAAAGGAAAGCAUUCCAUCGGAAGACAUUAUUUAUACAGAGGAGAAACAAUUAACUUGUUCAGAAUGUGGAAAAUGCUUUUCCAGCAAGUAUGGUCACCUUAUACACCAAAUGAUCCACACAGGGGAGAAGCCUUUCAUAUGUUCAGUAUGUGGGAAAUGUUUUUUACAAAAGUCAGACCUCCUAAGACACCAUAAGGUUCAUACAGGGGAGAAACCUUUUCAAUGUAAAGAGUGUGGAAAAUGUUUCUCAUAUAAGAGCAAUCUCCGAUCUCAUGAGAAGCUUCAUACCGGGGAGAAACCAUUUACAUGUACAGAGUGUGGAAAAAGCUUUGCAUUAAAAUUAUAUCUUCUAAAACACUUAAAUAUUCACACAGGGGUAAAACCUUUCACAUGCCCAGAGUGUUUGAAAUGUUUUAUGCAAAAGUCCGACCUCGUAAAACAUCAAAGAAUUCAUACAGGGGAUAAGCCAUUUACAUGUACAGAGUGUGAGAAAAGUUUUGCUUGCAAAUCAUAUCUCCUACACCAUCAAGAAAUACACAGAGUGGAGAAACCAUUUAAGUGUAAAGAAUGUGGGAAAACCUUUACAUACAUCAAUGGUCUCCUAAAACACCAAAGAAUCCAUACAGGGGAGAAACCAUUCAUAUGUACAGACUGUGGGAAAUGUUUCACACACGACAGUAAUCUCACGUAUCAUAAAAGGACCCACACAGGGGAGAAACCUUUUGCUUGUAAAGAGUGUGGGAAAUGUUUCACGCACAAAGGUAAUCUCACAUCUCAUGGAAGGGUCCACAAAGGGGAGAAACUAUUCACUUGUAUGGAAUGUGGCAAAAGUUAUUCAUACAAGUCAGAUCUCAAAAUGCAUCAAAGGAUUCAUACAGGUGAGAAGCCGUUCACGUGUACAGAGUGUGGGAAAUGCUUCACGCAAAAGAAUCAUCUCACAUGUCAUGAAAGGACCCACAGAGGGGAAAAGAAUGAGUCAUCUUUACGUGUGCAUAAUAUGGAUACAGUUAAUUCUUCUUAACCACCAAAAUAUUCAUACCGGGUAAAAACUUUUGCAUGUAUAGAAAGUGGAAACAUAUCCAAAAGUUUAAAUAAACUAACAAUUCAUUCAUUGGAGAAGAACAGUAUGUAGGAAAAUCUCUAGAAUCAAAGCAAGGUCUCAUAAAUCUUCAGAAGAUUCUAAUAGAGAACCGUUCACAUAAUUAGAAUAGGCUAAAAAGCUUUUUACAAAAGCCAUUUAU